CUCCCAUCACAUGAAGAUCGGAUCAAAGAGAGACUGCGCCUGCUCCCCCUAGCCACGUCGUCAUUGCUCUCUCUUCUUUUCUUUUCUUCUCUUUUUCUUCUCCCUGUCAUCGCUUGUUUUCUCGGGAUAUCGAUUCAAUUGUAUUUGGGCUGCUGAAUUCAUGGUGCCUUUGAACGUGCUUCAAACCCUGUCUCAUGAUGCUCUCCCCGUACCCAAUCGAUGCACUGCUCCCCAUUCGGGCCUAGUGCAGAUCUCUCGGCAACGCCCCAAUCUCAUCUCAACCACGAUCCCUUUCAUCCCCGCCAUCCUCACCCACCACUCCCCCAUGCAUUCCUCAAUCUUGACAGCAAGUCGGUCCCUUUUUUCCCCUCAUUUUUCGUGCCUGAUCCAUCCCUGAUCGCCUCUCGGUCCGCUUCCCAUCCCCUUUUUCUCGUCAUCCUUUUCUUGUCCCCCUUUCCAAACAAAUUCCAUCAUGCCUCCCCGCGUCCUGACCCCGCCGCCGCCGCCGCCGACAUCUUUUCGUGAAUCCUCGUCAGCACCUCAGUGUACUUGCUGUACCCCGGGAAAUCCACCCCCUGACAGUCCCGCCUCAUCUUGACUGCGCUGGCCGCAUACUCCAACCCGUGCUGCCAGUCUCCCGUCCGCUCACACAGCAUCGCCAGCUCCAACAGCAGAUGCGCCAAUCGCGUCGUGUACUCGCCCUCCUGCUUGCACAGCAUCACCAGUUGCAGCAUCUGGCUCGUCACAACCGUGUUCCUGACGUCCAGGUUAUGACCCCGGUACGGCUUAAUCGUGUUCUGCAGCUCGUCGAUGCGAAACCGCCGGUCCGCGCUCUCGCUGCUCGUGCACGCUGGACACUCGCACCGGAAGCCGUAGUGGUCGAGUAGCCACAUCCGCAGCGCCAUGUCGCCCGUCAUACCGAUGUACGUUACGGUGAUCUCCUCGCCUUUGCGAAUGUUCCGAGUGGCGUGAAUAACCUCCCGCUUGAGCUCCGGGUGCCAGCUGAAGUUUGCGUUGGGCACGCACGAAUGGUUGAAGCGCGCCGCGUUGGGGAAGACAGCUGCUCCGUUGUUCCACUCCAUGCAGUUGAUCUGGAAAAUGCGGCAUGCCGAUGGGUUGGCUGCGGUGCCGCCCCAAUCGUCUUGCUCGCCGUCGGGGGAGAGACCUGUCGUGAGAGACAUGUAAAGUUCCUUCUGCUCUGGCGUGAGCUCCUGAAAAGCGUCUUCGACAUCGUCAUAUGAGUAGUUGCCGUUGGGUAUAGUGAGUAGAGGCUCGUCGACGAGGAUGCGCGUCCCGCAGCUGAUGUCUUGCUUGGCGACGCAGCCGUAACCCUUGCCGGGAAUUUGGCGGGCUUCAAAGUACUCGUUGUCUUUGCAAACACCUUCUGUUAGCGGGCAGUCUCUCAGGUGGGUGGGUGUGUUUAUA